AUUAAUGGAAGAAAGAUGGUGAUAACACACCCAUGGUUUAGCUGUACGUCUGCAUCACUUGCAUUCACAUUACUGUACAUCUGGUGUCUACGGGAGCCGACGUGGCUCAUCCAUUUUAGCGCGUCCGCUUCCAAACUAACGUUCCUGUGUUUACCUCGUUUGUAAUGAUGAUGUGAGACCAAACCGCUAGCUAGCUAGCCUAGCUAAAGUAAUGGAGAACCGGUAAGAGAUGGAGGAAACAACACUUGUGGAGGAGGGACACAGUGAUAAGCCUCCUUGUACUCUUCAUGUUUGUUCUCAUCGGUUUGUUGGAGUAACCGUGAGGUUUUCAGCAUGCUAGGUUAGGCUAGCUGUGCAGUGGGUUCGUGCUUCGGUGUGAUUGAUAUGACAAACUCAACACUCGCCGUCACUGGAGGUAUUUUCUAAUUUACCCCUGCUGAGCAUCACAGCCGUUGUUGCCAGGAGCGGGUCAUUUUGGGUUAAUUAGCCAUCACGUCUGCUGGUGAGGCAAACCUUCGCUAACCGUUGCUGCUAGCCAAACUGUGUAGGCCUGGAAUGGAGCCAGGCGACUUGCGUGAGAGCCCCGCCGGCUCCGGUGAGUCAGAUACGGGGGAUUGGAGGGAGGUUAAUCCCGAUGGGGACGAUGAGGUUAAAACUGCCGAAACUAAUGGAGCAACAGUGGAGACGGCGCUCAGGGACCAAGGUGAGAGUGAGAAACAGAAAGGAGAGCAAUUACACAGCCCCUACGAGGAGGAGCUGGACCCCAGGAUUCAGGAAGAGUUGGAGCAUCUCAAUGAAGCCAGUGCAGAAAUCAAUAGACUGGAACUGCAACUGGAUGAUGCCAGAUCGGGGUACCGAAAGAUCCUCACAGAGUCAGCAAGGAAGCUAAAUGCUCAGAGCUCUCAGCUUGGUGGCUGCAUAGAGAAAGCAAGGCCGUACUAUGAAGCUCGUCGCCUUGCUAAAGAGGCACAGCAGGAGACCCAGAAGGCAGCUUUGAGCUAUGAGAGAGCAGUCUCUAUGCACACCGCUGCCAGGGAGAUGGUUUAUGUGGCAGAGCAGGGCUUGAUGGCUGAUGGCAAGAACACCCUGGAUCCCACCUGGCAGGAGAUGCUCAACCACGCUACUUCCAAGGUAAACGAAGCCGAGGAGGAGCGACUCCGCAGUGAGAGGGAGCACAUGCGCGUCACACAUGCUUGUCAGGAGGCCGAGGCUCGGGUUCAGAUGCUGCAGAAGUCUCUCAAAAGAGUCAUUGUGAAAUCCAAACCUUACUUUGAGCUCAAGGCCCAGUUCAACAACAUACUGGAGGAGAACAAGACCAAAGUGCUGCAGCUGGAACAGCAGGUAGCCAAAGUGAAGACCCGCUACUCCAUCGCCUUACGGAACUUGGAACAAAUCAGUGAGCAGAUCCACGCUCAGAGGGGGAGGGACCAGGCCGAGGGAGGGUGCACCACUGUCUUAGGCGGGCGGAGUCCCCCUGUUGGAGCCGAGUCCGACAUCAGAGUUAAGAAAGAAGGUGGAGCCUGCAGCGGUGGCGUGACGGGGACGGAUCGCGUGGAUGCAGCCAUCGACCUGGAGAAAUACAAGGAGAAGGAGAAUGAAAAGGAGAGGGAGCGGGCAGGGUCGGAUUCACUUUCAGUCUUCAGCCUGCAGACCAUCGCUUCCGACUUGGAGAAAUAUGACUCCAUUGAGCACCUCGGAGACCUCAGCGAUGUAGGGAGCGUAACUGGGGAUGAGGGGGAGAAAGAGAGGGGUGGAGCGAUGGAUAGAAGAGACAAGCUGUCGGAAACAACCGCCAAAGAGCGGCAGCAGCAGUUCCACAAGCAGCACCACCGAAGCUUCAGUUUGUGAGGCUGUCGUAGAUAGAAACCAGCUAUAAACACUGCAAAAGUAAAGUCUGAGUUAAUAAUUAGGGUCGCUAAUGCAUAGGUACCAACCAAAGUAUAAAACAGUGAAUUAGCUGCAAAUGUAAAACUGCAGUGAUGCAGUUGUAGGUGUAUGAUAUUAAGGUGUAAAUAAGCACACGUAUGUUGACUGACAACACAUUAUCUUAAAGCUGACACUGAUCAAUAGUUAAUAUUGCAGCCUAGUUAGAACACUACUGGAAUCUAAAGAGCUUUCAACCCUCCAGGACAAGUAUGCUGUAUAUUUACUCCCUCUGAGGGAUUCUGGGUAGAAUUUGUUCCUUGAGCAUGAAGGAACAGCGAAGAAUGAUCAAAAACCCUGUUUGAACUGACAUGUUUCGAAAGGCAUCAUUUCUUACUUUCCCAGGCUAAUCGUUGAUCUAAUUUGGUGAGACUAGUGAAAACUAAACCCUUCGUUGUUUUCCCCCUCCAGUCGUGUCGAGUCUUAUCAGCGAUUGCUUCAAGGUAGAGGGGUCGCAGGGUGUCUCCACGCAUCCACACUCGCAUCCAAACUCGUCAUCAAGUCGGUGCGCAGGGAAAAAUGACAAAAACGAUUCUCUGUCAGUGCAGACUGAAAGCACGUGUGAAUUCACAUUUCAUAUAUUUAUUUCCAGCAACUUGCUUUAAGCAGUGCUUUGUUAUCUUUGGCACAAGAGAAUGCGUUUUUUGAAAAUUCCUGAAAUGAUGUAAGAGUAGAGUUUGAACAAAAAUCAAAGACUCUUUCCACUCCGACAGCAUGCACUCCUAGUUAGCUAUCUAGACAAACAUUUAUGACAUGUAUUCAGGGCUAUAUGCUGAAGCAGAAACUGACACAAUUAAAGCUAAGAUGAUGAAGCUGCAGCCAUGUUUUCCUUUUUUAUGUCGUAAUGUUGUGGUGUUAUGCUGCAAAAGCCUUUUCCUGACUUCACAUUAUUUGGAUAUGGUUUACAUUUGUAUGCGUGGCUUUCCUCUUUUUAUUUUUGCCUUUAAAAAAAAAUGCCCUUGUAAUUUAAAGUGUGCCUUGACACCUUGAACAAGUAACACAUUUAGCUUGAGUAGCACUUGGUUGUAAACUCAUCUGUAGCUCUGUUUAGAACCAUUUAAAGAACAAAUGUGUGCCCUUGAUUGAUGAUUUUUAUGAUUUUGAGAAAAUGUCAAUAAUCUGAGUCACAGAGGUGUUUGUUUUUUUUGAGAUGAGACUUGAUUAUUUUUUUUAGCUUUGAUUUCUGUAUUUUGGUUUUUAAUAUUGUACUUUGAUUGUCAAAGUGUAAGAUGCAAAACAAUGAAGUCGAGAAGUGACUUGUAAAUGUAUGUAAUUAUUACAAAGCUGGAAAAUAUUGACGUGUACAGUUACAUGUUAACGGAUUUGAAUGUUUGACAAGUUAUUUGUACAGAUGUUCUGGAUACUCGCGUGUAUUUAAAUCAUUAUUGUUGCACCUCACCUUCACUUCUGUCUUAAUUAGUCUUCACCCUUUUAAAGGAAUUUGUGAAUUUGUCAGAAUGUCACUUUCCAAUUUAUGCAUUGUCAUAUCUAUAAUAAAUAAACCAGAUCAUACUUC